AAGCAAUCAGACAUACUUUAUCCAUUGAAAGUAACGACGCCAUCAUGGGUUGUUUUGCGAGUAUGUUCUUUGUUUUUGGUUUGGUCGAUUGUUUUGUUCUAGUGAUUGCAGUUGAGCCUCAUUCUAAAAUCAAAGGCGAUGUGGAAUCUCUGCUUAAGUUGACCCCAUGGAACUGGAAACAUAUGAACACAUCCAUCAAAGUGGAUUCCCCUAUCACUGUGGAUGUGGCCCUCACUUCUCACUAUAAACUGACAGGAAAACACCUGAACAAGUUUUUCAAGCUACAAACGCAAACGGACUGUGCCUCCAUUCUCAAAGCAAUACCCAACACAAAAGAAAGAGACGGUGUGUACACGAUAUACCCGGAUAUGAAGACCAGGAAGUUGGUGUACUGUGACAUGACCACGGACGGCGGAGGGUGGACCGUAAUUCUAAAUAGGAUGGAUGGCUCUGUUGAUUUUUACCGUUCCUGGCAGACCUACAAGGAGGGGUUUGGGAAAGCAGAUGGUGAAUACUGGUUAGGAAAUGAAGAUAUUCACUUGCUUACUACUAGGACCAAAAACGAGCUACGAAUAGAUCUUCAAAAGUUCUCCGGUGAAAAGGCUUACGCCAAGUACUCCAAUUUUUCUAUAGGAAGUGAGUCUGAAAAAUACAAGAUAGCUAUCGCAGGAUACAGCGGAAACGCUGGAGAUAGCCUCUCUGACAAUAAUGGACUGAAAUUUUCCACGAAAGAUCAGGACAAUGACGCUAUGGUUAAAAGUUGUGCUGUUGUGCAUCAAGGAGCAUGGUGGUUUGGAGCUUGUUCAAGGAACAGUGUAGAAUCUCUUUUAAUGAAAAGUUCAUGGACCUGGAAACACUUGAACUCUUCCUUCAAAGUGGAAUCUCCCGUCACUGUGGACGUGACCCUCACCUCUCACUACAGACUGACCGGGAAACACCUCAACAAGAUUCUCAGGUUAAAAAAACAAAAGGACUGCGCAUCCAUUCUAAAAACGAUACCCAACACAAAAGGAAGAGACGGUGUGUACACGAUAUACCCGGAUAUGAAGACCAAGAAAUUGGUGUACUGUGACAUGACCACAGACGGCGGAGGGUGGACUGUAAUUCUAAAUAGGAUGGAUGGCUCUGUUGAUUUUUACCGUUCCUGGCAGACCUACAAGGAGGGAUUUGGAAAAGCAGAUGGUGAAUACUGGCUAGGAAAUGAAGAUAUACACUUGCUUACUUCCAAGACCAAAAACGAGUUACGUGUGGACCUCCAAAGGUUCUCUGGUGAAAAACCUUACGCCAAGUAUUCGAAAUUUUCUGUUGGGAGUGAGUCUGAAAAAUACAAGUUAACUGUUGGAGGAUACAGUGGAAAUGCCGGUAAUAGCCUCUCUUACCAUAAUGGAAUGAAAUUUUCCACGAAAGAUCAGGACAAUGACACUUGGGAUAAAAGUUGUGCUGUAGAGCAUCAAGCAGGAGGGUGGUUUUUUGACUGUUUUAACAAUAAUCUUAACGGUCUUUAUCAUAAAUCUGCUGUUAAGACAUGGAACGGCGUCAUUUGGUAUCACGUGACGGUUUCUUUGAAGGGCGCAAGAAUGAUGAUUCGAACCAGCGUAUGA